AUGGGACGCUCUAGACCUGUGAAGGAAUCUUCUACUAAAACAAAUCCAUCAACAACCAUUGAGACUGCAUCAAAAUUGGAAAAACUCCAAAAAAGUAUAGAAGAACUUCAAAAAGAUCUAUUGUCUGAAAUGCAUGUCUUAAUAAAAUCAAAUUUAACCUCCACUGCAGUGGCCACAAGAUAUUUGGACAAAUUUCCUCUUAAAUCUAAAUCGGAAAUGGACGAUAUAGAACUAGAAAUUUCUGAUGAAAAUAUGGAAGCUAUGACUCACACAAUUAAAAAAAUAGUGGGAAGAAAUGGUAUUAAGAAAAUGCUAACAGCCAUUUUUGAUAAACAUCUGCUACUAGAAUUUAACGUUGAUGGAAGACAAAAUAAAAAAGAGACUCUUAGACUACCCAAAACUUAUAAAUUUAAUUUACAAAUGUGUCUAUAAAGACGAAAUGUUGACAAAAAAGGCCUUUUAUGAUGAAAUAAGAAAAGGCAUUCGCUUGGCAAAAAAUAGACAUUACAAAGAAGCAUCCUUUAAAAAAAAAUCAGCAGCUUAGAUUAAAUGAC